AUGGCAGUGGAGGAGCCAGCUCCCGGCCAGAAGAAUGAUUUGCUUGUUUUAUGUUUAAUUCGUGUAGAAAAACCAUUGGCUGAUUACAGUCUUGCCGACUAUCUCGGAAGCCAGGAGCAUAGAGAGUUGGCUAGAGAAGCUGUGAGGAAAUCAUUGGUACUAUUAAAGAACGGUGAAAGCGUUGAUAAGCCGUUGCUUCCUCUUCCUAAAAAGGCUUCAAAAAUACUUGUUUCCGGAAUUCAUGCUGAUAAUCUAGGCUAUAAAUGUGGUGGAUGGACGAUUCAAUGGCAAGGGCUUAGCGGCAACAACAUUACUAGUGGUACGACAAUUCUGAGUGCGAUAAAAAAUACAGUUGACAAAGACACUAAGAUAGUCUAUCAGGAGAAUCCAUCUCUCGAAUAUGUAAAAUCAAAUGAUUUUUCAUAUGCAAUUGUGGUAGUCGGAGAAAUACCAUAUGCGGAAACAAAUGGCGACAGUUUAAACUUAACCAUCUCAGGUAAUGGGGCAGAAACAAUAAACAAUGUAUGCAGCGGAGUGAGAUGUGUGGUUGUGUUAAUAACUAGUAGACCUGUGGUUAUGUUACCAUAUAUUGACAUAAUCGAAGGACUUGUUGCGGCAUGGCUUCCUGGUAGUGAGGGUUACGGUGUUACAGAUGUUUUGUUUGGUGAUUAUGGAUUUAGUGGUAAAUUUCCAAGGACAUGGUUUAAGAGUGUUGAUCAAUUACCUAUGAAUGUUGGUGAUUCUCAUUAUGAUCCUUUGUUUCCAUUUGGAUUUGGUCUUACUACUCAAGGUCUUAAGAAUACUUAG